CUACAACACUCACUACAAACUCAACUUACACGCUUUCUUUUACAAACCUACACCAAUAACAACCAAACUCCAUCCACCAAAAUGCAGUUCUCCACCACCUUCACCCUCGCCGUGAGCGCCAUGCUCUCCCUCGCUGCCGCGGGUACCAUUCCCGCCGGUGACGCCAACACCAUUUUCCCCUCCAAGCUCUGCGGUUCCGGCUACGCUUCGUGUGGCAAGGCCGGCACCAACGGUGACGGCGGAUCCCGUUGCGCCCUGUCGUGCACCUACGCCGGCGGCCCUACCUCCACCGGUACCUGCCAGUGCCCCAAGGGAUACUAUGUCGACACCUGCAUCAGUGGUGGUGCUUACAACCGUCGCCACAAGUGCAACUAAGUGGUUUCGGGCUAUGAAACUCUUCGGAGCCAGAAUCAGCAGCAAAGCUACAGGCUAGGACAUAUGACAGAGCUGAAU